GCUGAUUAUUGUCUUAAAAGAUCACCGCACGAUGGAAGCAGCAAAUCCACCCGGAAUGAAGCCUUUAGCAGCCAUAUCUCUCACUCACGUUGAGUUUGACCCAAAUGAUCCUUACGGUCCACUUAUGGGUUACGCAUCCCUCGUCCCUAUCGCCCUUUUGGUGUCCUAUUGCACACUUAUCGCCUUCCGUCGGGAUCUUGCGACCUGUCUCAUGUUCUUGGGGCAAUUGGUCAACGAAGCGGUAAACUAUGCCGCUAAGAAGAUCAUCAAAGAAGCUCGACCGACUGAGUAUCUGGGCAAGGGUUACGGAAUGCCCUCAAGCCAUUCGCAGUUUGUUGCCUUCUUUGCAAUUUAUAUUACCAUUUAUACCGUCAAAAGGCUAAACUUCCGGCACACUGCUUGGAAGAUCCUAAUAUCAGCUACCGUAUUUGCACUUGCUGGACUUGUUGCUUACUCACGAAUACAUCUCACAUACCAUACACCCAAGCAAGUCGCCGUAGGUCUACUUGUAGGAACAUGCUUUGCUUUCAUUUGGUUUUUGCUGGUAGAGAACGUGUUCGUUUCGGCAAUCGACUUGGAUACUCCUGUUGCGCGAUGGUUCCUCCUCAGAGAUACGAGAAGUAUACCCAACAUCUUGGUAUUUGAGUACGAAAAGACAAUGGAGGAACUCCGCGCGCGUAAAAGCACCCGCAAAGAACGCAAGAUAAACUGAUAAAUUUAUUGGACUGAACAACAUCUCUCGCUGUGUCGUAGACUUAGAUAUCAUAAGAUGGCGCUCAUUGUACAUAAUGCCGCUAGUUCCAUCUUGAGGGGCUGGCACCUUUCAGCGGUACUAUCCUCAAUACACUGCAACACCUUUAUUAAAGGAAACGA